AUGGAGAUUGAUUUCUCUGAAGAGCAGCAAGUGCCAUCUGCUCUGAUAACUGGGAUAGCUUUUGGCGUUUCAACUGAGGCAGAAAAGGAAAAGCUUUCAGCUCUAACGAUUGAUGCUGUAAGUCAGGUCACUGAUCCUAAGCUGGGACUUCCAAAUCCAUCUUUGCAGUGCUCCACAUGUGGCUCUAGAGAUUUAAAAUCGUGUGAAGGUCAUUUUGGUGUUAUAAAUUUUCCGUACACAAUAGUGCAUCCAUACUUCUUGUCUGAAGUUGUACAGAUUUUGAAUAAAAUUUGCCCAGGAUGUAAAUCUAUUCGAUUGGCCAAGGUGACUGAGUUGAUAGCUAAAGAAAAUCCACAGAGAAAGGGCUGCAAAUAUUGCAUUGGAAAUUCACUAGGUUGGUAUCCACCAAUGAAAUUCAAAGUUUCCUCCAAAGAAAUUUUCAGGAAAACGGCAAUUAUAGCAGAGAUCAGGGAAACAUUGUCAAAAAGGCCCCAAAAAGGAUUCAAGAAAAUUUUGGCUGCUGACUAUUGGGAUAUUUUUCCAAAAGAUGAACAAGAAGAGGAAGAAACCGAUGUAAAACCAAACAGAAGAGUUCUAUCACAUGCACAGGUUCGGCAUUUGUUGAAAGAUGUUGAUCCAAAUUUCAUAAAACGGUCUAUUUUGAAGACAGAUACAAUUUUCCUCAAUUGUUUCCCAGUGACACCAAAUUGUCAUCGUGUGACAGAAGUUACACAUGCAUUUUCUAAUGGGCAGCGAUUGAUCUUUGAUGAACGGACUAGGGCUUACAAAAAAAUGGUUGAUUUCAGAGGGGUAGCAAACAAGUUGAGUUUUCACGUUGUGGACUGUCUGAAAACUUCUAAGCUAAACCCAGACAAGUCAGGAAAUAUUGAUCCUUUGACUGCUUUACCUAAAAAAAGUAACGAUUAUGUUAACAACGCAUCUGGUUUGAGAUGGGUCAAGGAUGUCGUUCUAGGUAAACGGAAUGAUCAUUCAUUCCGUAUGGUGAUUGUAGGGGAUCCUAAUCUCCAGCUGCACGAAAUUGGCAUACCUUGUCAUAUUGCUGAGAGGUUGCAAGUUUCAGAAUCUCUCACUGCUUGGAAUUGGGAGAAGUUGAGUGCUUGUUUUGAGAAAAGCCGUUUUGAGAAGGGUGACAUGCAUGUUCGCAGAGAAGGGAAGCUGGUUCGUAUUCGGCACAUGAAGGAACUUCAUCUUGGCGACAUCAUUUACAGACCUCUUAAUGAUGGAGACACGGUCUUGAUCAAUAGGCCCCCAUCCAUACAUCAACACUCCCUCAUUGCUCUCUCUGUUAAAGUCCUUCCAGUGCCUUCGGCUCUUGCAAUUAAUCCUCUCUGUUGUCCCCCAUUCCGUGCUGAUUUUGAUGGUGAUUGUCUGCAUGGCUAUGUUCCUCAAUCAGUUGACACCAGAGUUGAGCUAACUGAGCUUGUUUCAUUGGAUAAGCAGUUAACUAAUUGGCAGAGUGGCAGGAAUCUUCUUUCUCUCAGUCAAGAUAGUUUAACUGCUGCUCACUUGGUCUUGGAGGCUGAUGUUUUCUUAAACUCAUUCGAGUUGCAGCAACUGCAAAUGUUUCGCCCUGAGCGAUUCCUGUUGCCAGCAGUUAAAGCUCCUUCAUCUAAUGCUGGUGUUUGGACUGGAAAACAAUUGAUCAGCAUGCUCCUACCUAUAGGUUUUGAUCAUGAUUUUCCGUCAAGUGAUGUUUGCAUUCGGGAUGGUGAGCUUGUUUCUUCUGAAGGAUCCUUUUGGCUACGGGACACUGAUGGUAACCUAUUCCAAAGUCUUGUGAAACAUUGCCAUAGUCAGGUUCUUGAUUUCCUGUAUGCAGCUCAGAGAGUUCUUUGUGAAUGGUUAUCAAUGAGGGGCUUGAGUGUUUCUCUAUCUGAUCUGUACCUCUGUCCUGAUUCUUACUCACGGGAAAACAUGAUGGAUGAAAUUUUCUAUGGUUUGCAAGAUGCUGACUACACAUGCAACUUGAAACAUUUGAUGGUAGAUUCCUGUCGGGAUUUCCUCACUGGAAAUAAUGAAGAAGAUCAGUGUGAUGUAGAACGACUGCGUUUCCUUGCUGGAUGUGGUGAAGAGGAUUAUUGUGUUAUGGCCUUCGAUGGAGAGCGUUUGUGUUAUGAGAAGCAAAGAUCUGCUGCACUCAGUCAAUCUUCUGUUGAUGCUUUCAAGCUAGCAUUUCGGGAUAUUCAAAGUUUAGUAUACAAAUAUGCUAGUCAGGACAACUCAUUGCUGGCUAUGUUUAAGGCAGGAAGCAAAGGUAACCUGCUGAAACUAGUGCAGCACAGCAUGUGUCUAGGCUUGCAACAUGCACUCGCUUCAUUGUCCUUCAGAAUGCCUUAUCAGCUCUCUUGUGCUGGUUGGAAUAAGCAAAAGGCUGAUGAUGCUACUGAAUCUGCUAAGCGCUACAUCCCACAUGCUGUUGUUGAAGGUUCUUUUCUGUCAGGCUUGAAUCCCAUUGAGUGUUUUGUUCAUUCAGUAACAAGUCGAGAUAGCUCUUUCAGUGACAAUGCUGAUCUUCCUGGGACUUUGUUUCGAAGGAUGAUGUUCUUCAUGCGUGAUUUGCAUGGUGCAUAUGAUGGAACAGUUAGAAAUGCAUAUGGGAAUCAGCUUGUUCAAUUCUCUUACAAUGUUGAUGACAUGGAUCCAUCUGGUAUAGUUGAUGAGAUCAAUAACGGUGAUGGGAUAGCUGGCCGGCCUGUGGGUCCAUUGGCUGCAUGUGCCAUCUCUGAAUCUGCAUACAGUGCCCUGGAUCAGCCAAUCAGUCUACUUGAAAAAUCACCUCUACUGAAUCUGAAGAAUGUACUGGAGUGUGGUCUGAAAAGGAAAAGUGCACACCAAACUAUGUCACUAUUUUUGUCUGAGAAACUUGGGAGACUGAGGCAUGGUUUUGAGUAUGCAGCAUUAGAAGUCCAGAACCAUUUAGAGAGACUACUCUUUUCAGAUAUUGUUUCUUUUGUCAGGAUAAUCUUUUCCCCUCAAAGUGAUGGCAAGAUGCGCUUUAGUCCUUGGGUUUGCCAUUUUCAUGUAUACAAGGAAAUUGUAAAGAAGAGAAGUCUAAAGGUGCGGUGUAUAAUCGAUGCCCUUGAAAAGCAGUGUAAAUCGAAAACUUGUUUUCCAAACAUGCAAAUAACAAGCAGUCAUUAUUACAGCGUUUCCCAUUUGGAUGAGAUAAUGACUCCAAUCACUACCACUUGUGCCCUAUUUGGAAAAAAGGAAACAUUUUGCAUAACUGUCACCAUAGUUGAAACUUCCAAGAAGGAAUUCAUAGAAUUGGAGACAAUUCAAGACCUAAUAAUUCCAUCCCUUCUUGAAACAGUUCUAAAAGGUUAUAUGUCUAUUAAGAAGGUUGAUAUUUUGUGGAAUGAUAAGCCUAAGAUACCAAAAUCUCAUAAUCGUCUCCGUGGUGAGCUCUUCUUGAGGGUUCAUAUGUCAAGAGGAUCUGACAAAACAAGACUCUGGAGUCAACUUAUGAACGACUGUCUCUCAAUAAUGGAUAUUAUCGACUGGACUCGCAGUCAUCCAGAUAACAUACAUGAAUGCUGUUUGGCUUAUGGUAUAGAUGCAGGAUGGAAAUUUUUUCUCAAUAAUUUGGAGUCUGCAAUAUCUGAUGUUGGCAAGACAGUACUUCCCGAACAUUUGCUUCUUGUUGCAAAUUGUCUAUCAGUUACUGGGGAGUUUGUUGGUCUAAAUGCAAAAGGCUUGAAACGACAAAGAGAACAUGCUUCUGUCUCAACACCUUUUGUGCAAGCAUGCUUUUCUAAUCCUGGCGAUUGCUUUAUAAGGGCUGCUAAGGCUGGAGUUGUAGAUAAUCUCCAGGGAAGUGUAGAUGCUUUGGCAUGGGGAAAGAUUCCUGCCAUUGGGACGGGACAAUUUGAUAUUAUAUACUCUGGAAAGGGUUUAGAGCUUUCAAAGGCCGUUGAUGUGUAUAACCUUCUGGGAAGCCAAAUGAGAUCUACUCAGCAGAAUACUGAGUUUGAAGUAUCUGAUUCUCAAAUCUAUAGAUCUGAUAAAUGUGGAGCUCAGUUUCUGCGCAAGAUUGGUGGUUGUGGCGCUAAAGAUUUAAAAGUAAAGGAUGGUAUACCAAGAUCAUUCUUACGACGUCUUCUUACGUAUGAUGACAUUCAACGGAUGUCCUAUACAGUGAGAAAAAUCUUGAAUAGGUAA